GAUGUGUACGAUAAAGUUGAUUACUUGAGCUCCCUUGGGAAGACCCAGACUGCGGCUGUCCAGAGGGAUGCAGACAUCGGCGUGGCUGAGGCAGAGAGGGAUGCUGGGAUACGGGAAGCAGAAUGUAAGAAAGAGAUGAUGGACGUCAAAUUCCUGGCUGACACCAAGAUGGCUGACUCCAAACGAGAACUGGAGCUGCAGAAAGCUUCUUUCAACCAGGAGGUCAACACCAAGAAAGCAGAGGCCCAGCUGGCGUACGAGCUGCAGGCAGCCAAGGAGCAGCAAAAGAUCUGUCUGGAGGAGAUUGAGAUUCAAGUGGUGCAGAGGAAGAAACAGAUCACCAUUGAGGAGAAAGAGAUUGCCCGGACAGACAGGGAGCUCAUUGCCACUGUCAAGAGGCCCGCUGAGGCCGAGGCCUACAAAAUGCAGCAGCUCGCUGAGGGGCAUAAGACGGAGAAGGUGCUGCUGGCCCAGGCUGAGGCAGAGAAGAUCAGAAAGAUCGGUGAGGCGGAGGCCUCCUCCAUCGUAGCAGUGGGCAAGGCGGAGGCUGAGAAGAUGAGAAUGAAAGCUGAGGCCUACCAGCAGUACGGAGAGGCAGCUAAGACUGCCCUGGUCCUCGAGGCCCUGCCUAAGAUUGCUAGCAAGGUGGCAGCACCGUUAGCCAAGACCAAUGAGAUCGUCAUCCUCAGCGGGGAGGGAAGCCGCGUGACGGGCGAAGUCAACCGCCUUUUGGCAGAACUUCCUGUGUCUGUCCAUGCUCUCACUGGAGUGGAUUUGUCAAAGAUCCCGUUGCUGCAGAAGAUGAGCAGCUCUCAAGCCUGAAAACCGACAACUCCGCGUGACUUCAGUAUCUGUUGUAUGCACUCUGAUAGACUGCCUUUAAUACACUUGAAGAAUUUUGUUGUUUUAUACGUAUAUACUGUAUACCAAGUGAAUUUUGGAAACCUCUGGUGCCUUACUUUAUACAGGACCAGAACUGCAUGCACUGCUGCUCAUUCAAAGAUUUUUUUAUUUCGUUUUAACAUGGGAACAUUUUGUGUUGUGUUUUUAUUUUGUUUUUUGUAUUUGAAUGCUAUACAUUGGCCCGUUUGUAUGAACUGCCAUCAAAGAGGAGAGCUGAUAUCAGACUGGUGUGACAGUUGACCUACCUACUGACUCAGACAGCUGAUGUCUGAGUCAGCUUUUCUUUGGUGUGUAUACAAUGGGGCCUCUGCUCUCACUUUUUUCCUUCUGUAUGUUGCUUUUUGUUGAUUAACAGUACCUCAUCAUUUAUGGUUAGACACAUCUGAAUUCCCAAGAUAAUCUGAAUAUUUUCUUGUUAAUUGUAGAGCUUUCUUUGAAUUGUACAUGUUGUAAUUUUUAACUAUCAAAUGUUAUUCAGGUUAUUAUUAUUAUUAUGUCUCACUGGUUGAUUUUUACAAUGUAACAGGUGCUCACAAUCUUAAAAGAAGCUCCUUCGUUGUGCAAAUAGCAUCUGUUCCUCUGAAAGAAUUUUCCUUCUCCACAAACUGUUAAUAUCAGACAUGAUGAUAUGAUCAUUUGGCAGAAAGACAGGAAGCAAAAUCAGAUCUUGUGCUGAUAAUGGUUAGCUCGUAAUGUGGUCCUUUUAAUAUUUACUUUGAGUUUUAAUCUAAAAUGUUAGUUUGGACCUUGAUUAAGAUUGAAAGAAAUGGUUGAUGUAAAAAAAAAAGAUGAAAAAAGAUUUUGUAGGCAAAUUGUAAAAAACAACUUGGAGUUGUGUGAAAUAUGUUUAUAUUGUGGAAAAAGCUUCAUGUUAAUAGAUUCUGAAAAUGAAAGGUCAAACAUUGAUGCCAAAUAGAAUAGUUAAGUUUAAGUUUUAUUGUAUAGGAAGAAUUUGGGAUAAGUUUAUCUGAUGUUUGAAAUCAUACUACAAACAUCUGUAGAUGCUAAGCCAUGUUUGACAGGACGUGUCAACAAACCAAACUUUUACACUUUUCAGAGAAACACACUUUCUGUUCUUUUCAAUGUCUGCAAUGAUAGCUUGGUAGAUUGUUAGCAGAGAUCUUUAACUUAUUAAUUCAUGUUUUAUCAAUUUUAAUCUGUGAUAUUGCUGUUUGUGAAUGGUCACAAUGUUUUGUUGUUUUGGGGUCUAAAUGUUAAGCUCCAGUGCAGCAGCACAAAAGCUCUGACACAGGUUUUUGGAAGGUACAGCAUAUUAUUGGGCGUAACAGGUUGACCCCUCCUAUGAAAUCUAUUUCAUUCACUUCCAGAAGAACUGGCAGUGAAUUCUGGUAGCCAUAACCUGCUUGUCUCCUCUCACUGCUGUAAAGAGCUGCACUCACCUACACUGAACCUAAACUAGUGUGACAGUGAUUUUUAGUUUGAACCUCAUAUCUCAAGCAGGUGAAACAGCAAAUACAGUUAUAGUUUUAUGAACGGCUGAAGAAACGGCCAGUGUGAGCAUACUGACAAUACAGAAUUUACAAAGGACUGUUAUUGUUGUUGUUAACAUAGUUUUUUGUCUCAUUUAGAUGAUUUAUGUCUGUACCAAUGCUGAUAUAGUGACUUGACAAAUACUGUGACCAUAUUCAUUUAUUUUGCUUUGUCUCCAGUGUAUAUAUGACAUACUAGUGUAUUAUUGUUAAUGUUACUUACAACACGUACACUGUGUGUCUCAAACGGCCAUGAGUUUCUGUAUGCUCUUGCUGCAUGUCAUCUGUCUGUACUCAGAAUAAUCAGUUCACUCUCAGCUAAUUGUCAUUCUAAUAAAUCAAAAUGCCAUCAUUUAUUUUUCGCCAUUUACUUUGCUGCAGUCUGUUUAAAGAAAGACAUUGC